AUGUUCAAUUUUGGUGGUAUAAAAAGAGGCAUCACUCGAAGGGAGUACAGGAUGCUAGCUAUACUGACAGCUUUAGUUAUCUUGCCAGUACCGGAUUAUGCACAAAGGCCAACAGGUGUAUGCAGGUGUGAGGGUUUUACUCCUAACGAUACUGAUCGAGAAGACGUCAAGAGGGCAAUAGGGGAUUUUCUGGGAUUUAGGUGGCCGAUGCGGAAGAUGGUACCACAAUACAACUGCUCAUUAGAAAAGAUGGCUCUCACUGCACGUUAUCCACAGAUAAAGCAUUUCUAUCCCCUAGAUUUUUGGAGUGGAGAUUUCAAAAUUACUGCCGCUUUCGUUGAGGGUGCGAUGUGGUUUGAUUUCAAGGUAAGAUCUUACGUUUGUUAA